GGACUCGAACCCGGGCCGCUCAAUCCGGAGUCGAACGCACUAACCACGUGGCCACCGCGCCUCCCACACUAGUAGAUAGUUUAUUGAAAAAUCUUCCUGUAUUAAAGUACGAAAAAUCAGACAAGCAAAAAAACUACCAAAAACAAGUACCCAGAGCUACAGGAAAUAAAAUAUAAAAGCCAAAAAUAGAAAAGGGAGCCUUGCCAAAACGCAAAGGCAGGAACUCUUUAAGUUCGGUGAUUGGUCAAAAGGAUUUUCUACACUACAGGUACUGAGAUGUUAAACUACAACAUCUCAUAAAGGCAGUAGACUAAAUAUAUUUUAAUAAAUAAUUUGCCGGCAGAAUGAGCUUCUUAGGAUCCUGGAAAAACACGCACAGUUUCUAGAUCACUUGCCAUCGGCUUAUGCUGUGGUUCGCCCAGCGCGUGAUUAUGACACCGAUAAACCAAAUGUUUUGUCUACUUCAUAAGAAACGUAAUUCGAGUAUAACUCCGUUAAAUGUUUCUUAAGCUGCAAACCCUUAUCAACAGACUCCUAAAUGGUACACAUAAAGUCCCACAAGUGGUCUUCAAAAACUCAGUCAUUCUGUCGCGGUACGGAAAUUGCGUUUUAUUUUGGAGUGCGGAAACACGACUCCAAGCCACAGUGUCUCCGUAACUUCCCGGUGAUAAGAUUAAAUGUCUAGGUGGGUUAAAAGGGUUAAAGAGACAAAAGAAGAGCUUAUCACAUCGUGGUGGGCAAAGCAAUGUUGCAAAACCACAAGUCGAGGACGAGAAGAAUCAUUUGUUCCAGAUAGGUUCAAGACCAAGAGGAGAGUUACAAUGCUGUCAAGUCCGUAUAAUUAAACUAGUGACUUGCAAGUACGGUACAAGCUAAAGAAAAGUGCUCUGGAAGAGAAUCUUCAAACUGAGGUGUAAUCGCGUGUCGGGUAUAGUUCCAUCGACCAGUAUCAAGCAGAAGAGAUCCUAUUAGGUAAUUCAUUCUUCGACUUCUUGCGGUAAUAGGAUAGAUAAAAAAAUAAAACACGGAAGAAAUUGGCCGUUUCAGGGUAAAAACCAAUGCCAAAUCGGAACACGUAACUCACAAAACGCUGCCUGUCAUAGAAACCUCAUCAGUGGGCGUGUUCGGCGAGAAAGGCAUCGGCGCCAUUACAUGCGUGACAUUAUAGAAAUACUGGACACAUUGACUGAAUGAACUAUUGUUGUUGUAAUGGUUAACAAGACGUUUCUAAUAGUUUAGAGCCAUAAUUUUGCGUGCAAACUUUGCACACACUGGUCACGCGAUAAAUCGAGAGUAAACGUGGUAUUUCCGUGAAGGAUCCAAGGGUAGUGGGUGGUCCCCAAACCGUCCUUCUGGUUAUCAAAACACGAAGGACGUUUUUUUUUCCUUUUUCUUCGAUGGAACUCUGUGGUUCUGGUUAACGCAAGUUCAUGCUAGCACGCUAAUUUCUUAAUUGUCAUCCAAUACUAUGGCAAUGUAAAUUUUUACUUACGAAAGUCGUGUCCAAAAACUAAUUAGCUCCUAUUCGGGUCUGACCACAAUCAAGCUCGUAAGAUUGCUCAACUUGACAGGCCUCAAGCACUGGGUGCAUGCAGUAAUAAUAAUCGUUAGCAUUUAAAAAGAUUGAUUAUGAAGCUCACGGAUGUGAUGUUAAGGAAAACAGGCCGGGAACUUACUUAAAGCGGGUAUUGGUAUUAGUGUUAAUUUGAAGUAUACCUCCAUCGGAGCAGGAUAAGGGCAUGUAGUUCAUUUACCUUCUUGACAUUCAAAAAAGAAGUCCAGGUCCUUCUCAGUUCAGAGAACAAGAGUGCGAGUUUCUAUUUAGACUGGAUGUAUACAAAACUUGUUUUGAAGUUCUUUGUGCUUCCAUGUUUUGACAAUUUACUUUCCAGAUUAAAUCUUAGAUAAUAAACCUCUUUUGUUAGUGAGCAAUUAGCUGAGCUAUUGUGUCCUGCAGGUCAGUUUGUGUCGACUGCCACUACAAUAGCUUCUUUGAAGAGCCUUUCGUUCAACCGUGAAGCUUAGACUGCUAAAAACUUCUAUAAGCCAUACGUAGUCGGACGCAACUGACAUCCUUCUUACCCUUGGGACAAGGAAUUUAUGGCGUACGCCGUCUAAACGGGGCUCACGUUCCAAUCCGUUUAAAGGAAUCCUACAUAACAUAUCUUCACCGCACUCGAGGUCAAAUGCACGCGUAAAGUAAGCAGUCUUCAUACAUCUCGUUUGAAUGUUGGUUUUUCGAAGGUAAGUUGUAAUAUCACGAGGCUCCAAUCGGUACGCAAUUUCAAUAUCGUUAUCGACAAACAACGAAACUUCUUAUACUCAGUAUGACAAGCGUUAAACAUCGUCGUUCUCUGCCUGACAGUACUGCUUGCAUAAUCGGUGAAAAUGUCAGUGAACAGAAAUAUUCUGCUUGCUCUGCGGACAAAAGCGCAGCAAAGAUGCAGAUACCGUAUCCACAGAGAAUUAUUAAACAAAGCUUUGCAUGUAGCUAUACAUCGCCACUGGAGCGUGAUUUCAUUUUGUCCUUGGGUAAACGGAUUUGACACUAAACUUCAUUAAUGCAAGUCAUCUGUAAACAACCUUGUAAUUUCCAAAUUCAUACGAAGUUAAUGGUUGCUAGAUAUGGUUUAUUUGCGACCAGAGCGAUGGCUCCGAGCCAAAUACUACAAAGUGUCUAAUUAUCAAAAUUUGCCCUGGGGUUACUGUUGAACUUUGCAAGGGUAGUUUGUUUAGAUUCAGUUGUAUUCGCGGAAACGCCAGACAACACGUGCUUGUACCAGUGAAGAUUAACACGUGCCUAACUUUGUUUUUCAGCUUUCACGGUCAGCAGUUUCAUCUUCAACAAGUUUCAAUCAGCGGAUAAUAAAACAACUGAAUGUAAUCGCCGCACAAGAUACAAUGUUUUCCAGCGUUGUUUGGAGUUUGCUGUUUCUGUCGAGCACGUCAUGGGUCGUUAUGUCUCAAGGUGAAGGCCAAGAAAUGAACACAUGCCCAACAGAAUGCCAGUGCACCACGAUGAACAAAGUGUACAUGUACUGUGGCUUCGCAGGAGGACUCAAACAUUUGAUGAUAUUUCCGUCCUUCAUUCCCAUUAAAGCGGAAAUUCUGUCACUUCGAAUGAAUUUGCUUACGGAGAUACCGGAGAGUGCCUUGAGGAAUUUAACGUGUUUGACGACCUUGAAUCUUAGAUCCAACAAAUUGCGUGAUUUGCCAGCGACAGUGUUUCGUGACCUGACGAGCCUCAAAUCUUUCAACGCGGGUUUCAACAAGCUGUCAUCGCUACCAGGGCGCCUAUUUCAGGGGUUAAAUGCCCUCCAGGAGCUUUAUCUUGAUAAUAACGCAAUUGAGCGAAUCCCAGAGGAAUUGUUUCAAGAUCUGCCGUCCUUGAAGCGAUUACAUCUCCACCACAACAAACUCAAGACAUUUUCCGGAAAUGCUUUUCGAGGAACGUUUUCAUUGCAAGGUCUAUCACUCGCAAACAACCAAUUGACAGCUAUUCACGAAGGAACAUUUGCUAAUUUGACCUCGCUCAGAAGACUAACACUCACAGACAACAGGAUCAUGACCAUAUCGGAGAACUCGCUUAGAGAACUUGGUGCUCUAACGAUCCUCCGACUAGAAAGCAAUAAUAUAUCAUCAAUUCCAGAACGGGCUUUCGCUGGAUUAAAAACAGGAAUAGUCGCUCAUCUUAGACGUAAUCCCUUUUACUGUGACUGCAAAUUGCGGUGGUUAAAAGGCUGGCUUAAGUCCAAGACAAAAUAUAUUCAUUCCAUCGCUUCUCGUACAACAUGUUUCCAACCAGAUCAUCUGAAAGGGAAACCCAUUCUUUACGUAGCCGAUGAGCAGUUUACCUGCGUGGACGGUCAGUGGACCGAGUGGAGCCCAUGGAAUGCUUGCAGCAGGACCUGUGGACGCGGCACGCAAGUCUCGACAAGGCGCUGUACAAAUCCCCCACCAGGGAGAGGUGGGGAGAAAUGCGAGGGAAACCACAUCAAGACAAAGAGCUGCAAUGGCCCAGACUGUGGAGCGAGCUGGACGGCUUGGUCAGAAUGGAGUGAAUGCAGCAAGACUUGCUCUUCAGGAAUUGAAGUGAGGACUCGGUCAUGCCAACAUUCUCUCACUGGGUUGAGCAGUGAUAGUUGUAUAGGGUCUCCCCAAGAAAGACGUAUUUGUACCAGAGAACCAUGCAGUAUUGAUGGCGUAUGGAGUUCAUGGUCCAAAUGGUCAUCUUGCAGUGUAACAUGUUCUUGGGGGACAAGAUUAAGGACAAGAAUUUGUGACAAUCCACCACCUAGAUAUGGUGGAAAACCUUGCUUUGGAAGAGGCAUUACAACAGAAAUAUGUUAUUUAGGUUCCUGUCCAGUUCAUGGUGGUUGGUCUACCUGGUCUUCCUGGUCAAGCUGUAGUGCAUCAUGUUCAGCUGGUACAACAACAAGAUAUAGAAACUGUAGUAAACCUGUUCCUCGGUAUGGUGGGGAUUUGUGUGAUGGAGAUUCAAUCCAGCGGGAACAUUGUCAGUCAGGGUCGUGUCCUAUCCACGGAGGAUGGGCAUCUUGGUCAAUUUGGUCCAUGUGCUCUGUGACAUGUUCUAGAGGAUCUCAACUAAGGCUCCGAAUUUGCAAUAACCCAUUACCUCAACAUGGAGGUCAAAACUGUCCAGGAAAUUUUUCUGAUCUUAGACACUGUGACCUUGGUCCAUGCCCUAUUCAUGGAAACUGGACAGCCUGGUCUCAAUGGAGUGACUGUAGCAAGACAUGUGCAAAUGGGACAAGAUCUCGCAACAGAACUUGCAGCAACCCUGUUCCACAGUUUGGUGGCAGAAAUUGCCCAGGAGAAGUGACUGAAAUUAAAUCAUGCAUCAAAGCACCUUGUCCCAUUCCUGGCAAAUGGGCCACCUGGUCACAAUGGUCAAAAUGUAGCAAAAGUUGCUCUAGUGGUAGAAGGUCUCGAAGACGAACUUGCGAUAAUCCUUCCCCAAGCAAUGGGGGUCCACCCUGCACUGGAAGGGCCACUGAAACUGAGAUGUGCCAGUUAAUACCGUGCCCUAUCGAUGGGGGGUGGGGAGAGUGGUCUAACUGGACAGAUUGCAGCAAGACUUGUUCUGAAGGAAUACAAUCUCGAUACCGGAAUUGUAACAAUCCACCUUCACAACAUGGAGGAAAACAAUGCUCUGGAAAUUCUAACCAGAGUAAACAUUGUAGCCAGCAACCUUGUUUUAUACAUGGAGAAUGGACAAAGUGGUCAAACUGGACAGACUGCAGUAAAACAUGUGAUGUUGGACAGCAGAAAAGGACAAGAUUGUGCCUCAAUUCAAAUCUUAAAUCUGUUGCACAGGCAAGUGACAUUCUUUCCUGUGCUGGAAAUGAGACUGACAUGCGGGUCUGCUUCCAAGGACCUUGUUCUAAUCAAGGCAAAUGGACUGAAUGGUCAAGCUGGUCUCAAUGUUCUGUCAGCUGUGGACUUGGAAAGCAGGAAAGGUUCAAGAACUGCAGUAGAAAUGGAGACUUAAGUACAGAAUUUUGCCUGGGUCCACUGAUGCAGGUAAAAAGUUGUUAUCAAAACUGUACAGUGAGUGGUGGAUGGAGUGAAUGGUCUAAUUGGACUGCAUGUUCUUCAUCAUGUGGUAAUGGAGUCCAGGCAAAAUUUAGGCUUUGCACCAACCCCAAACCUCAAGCUGGUGGUGACAGCUGCUCUGGCAAAAAUGUCAUGUUUAAAAGUUGUGUUAUUGCCAAGUGCAGAGAUGAAAGCCAUCAAAAUGAUUCCUUCUGGACUCCAUGGACAAGCUGGUCUCAUUGUUCUGCAACUUGUGCUAGAGGAUACCAGACCCGUUCACGGUACUGCAGAAGACGACUGAGCCCAUUUCAUCUCGGAAACUGUACAGGCAUUAAGGGACCAAUUCAAGUGGAGAGUAACAUCUGUGAGGUGCAGCCUUGUGCAGAAUGGAGUAGUUGGUCAACAUGGCAAACUUGCAGCCAGACAUGUGGCGGUGGCAUACAGAGGAGAGUAAGAAAAUGCAAAGGCUCGAUAAUUGAUAUGGAUUGUCAAGGAGAAAAUUCACAAGCUGUCAGUUGCAACACAGAACCUUGUCCUACAAUCCACCCAAUAACUUAUCCCCCUCGAAUUACUCUAAGACCACCAGAUCCAUGUCCUGAUCCUGAAAAACCACAAAAUGGCUAUUACAAGAAAAUUGAACAGUACGGUUCUUACUAUGUUACCCAUUAUUGCAGAAGACAUUAUUAUGUUCAUGGACCAAGACUGCGGCACUGUGAAAGUGAUGGCACAUGGUCUGAUGAAGUGCCUUACUGCCUCCCUAUAUGCGGAGAGUCUAGUUCAAGUUUUGACAACGUACAAUAUCAGCGGUUAAGAAUAUUUGGUGGUGGUACAUCUCUUCCUGGUCUGUGGCCAUGGCAAGUGGCAUUGACAGUUAAUGACCUUUUUCACUGUGGUGGGUCCCUUAUUGCAGAAAGUUGGGUGGUGACAGCUGCUCAUUGUGUUUACAACAGACACACAAGGAAGCUUUUCUCUCAUAUUAGAGUCAAUCUUGGAGUUCAUGACGUUAAAUCUGGACUAAGAGAACCUUAUGUUCAAAGUAUUGACAGUAUUGAGAUAGUGCCUCACCCAAACUUUAACUGGAACACUUUUGACUCAGACUUAGCAUUGAUAAAACUUAAAUGGAAGGCCAACAUAACUGACCAUGUACGCCCAGUGUGUUUGCCAAGCAAACAGCAGAGACGUAAAGUAACUACUGGUGCUAUGGGAGUUAUGUUAGGGUGGGGACUCACUGAGGGAGAAAAGCCAAAAACAGAAUUACAACAAGUUUAUAUGCCAGUUGUGGGACACUCAAACUGCCAAAAAGCUUACAAGAAAGAGACUUGGCCUGUAACAUCAAACAUGCUCUGUGCAGGAUAUGCUAGUAAUAUUAAGGACUCCUGUAAGCGGGAUAGUGGGGGAGGGUUUCUAUUCCAUGAUUCAAAGGGCAAAAGGAAGAAGUGGUUUCUUGGAGGGAUUAUUAGUUGGGGAAAUCCUCAAUGUGGGACACCUGGAAAAUACAGUGUGUUUACUCAUAUAAAUAGUAGAUUUUCAAGGUGGAUAAAAAAUCAUGUACAUUACAGCUGAAAUGACAUCUAAUUUAUGAAAUCAAAUGGAUGUGUUACUAUCAUAUGUGAACACAAAAAGCAUGUUUGAAGCAUUUGAAUAGACAUUGACAUGAUAAUUGUACCACAACCCAUUAGGUCUUAUAUAAAACCACACUUGACCAUUUACAGGUUUGCAACUUAAUCAUCUAACAUCAAGCUGGAUUCCCUUGUGACAAACUAAGUUACAUUUAACCAUAAUUCUAAUUCACACUAUCCUGAGAGAUUCCCAAACUACUAUAAGCCUUUUUUAAAAGACACAACAUUGAACCAUUGACCCUUUGCGUAAAUGGCACCUACAUUUGAAUAACAAUACUUUGUACAUACUAAGCCUUGUGUUUAUGUUUCCAGACAUAGCACUUUUCACAUGAAUGUGAUGCCUAGGAGGUACAAGUAUUGUUAUUCAAAUAUAGGCGUCGUUAAUGCAAAGGGUCUAUCCAAUAUUUUAUUUUUAAUUUAUUUUUAGGCUUUCAUAUUAUUUAUAUUUGAGACAUUUUUACACUGCAAACAGACAACACUAGAGGAGAUACAUUUUUAAAAACCUUAAAAUGAAAUAAAAAUCUUUAAUUUAUGAAAUAAUUAACUUGUAGAACGUGAAUCACUUUUGGACACAACCUAAGAUUGCAGUUCCCAAAUAAAGGGUACCAACGAUCUUCCUUUUGGCACUUACUAAUGCCGCUCAAGUUACUGAAAUUUAUAUAUGUAAACCUAAGAUAUUUGUCAAAUUAAUAGUAGUCAAUGGUGAUUUUCAGUUCAUUGGAAACAUAUAUGGAGUGGCUCAAGUUUGUCAAUUAUAUUAACUACUUAUUAACCAACUGUGAGGUCUUAAUGAGAAAAUCUCAGACUGAGACCUUGCUGUAUUGACCAAGUGAUAACAAGGUCAAUACAACAAAGCCAAGGUUUGAGAUUUUCUCAUAAAGACCGAACGUGUGAGGUUAAUAAGUUGUUUAUUAUAUGACUUUUUGCUUUGUUUUAGCAGGCCCAUAAUCGGCCCAUGAGCAUUAUGGGAGAAUGCCCUAGAAUUAGCCAAUCAGAGUGUGUGUUAUAUCAAUACAAACACAAGCCAUGUAAUAUAAAAUAAUA